GGGUCUGUCAGGAGACGAUAAACAAAAAUCCCGAGAGCUUCCAGCAGUAUAUACAUUCGGGUACAGAGGCACCGGGAGAACAUUUGGGCGCAAAGAGGGGAUAAAGGCAGCGAGCCUAGCAGAUACUCACCCCCUGUCACACAGUACAAUCAUUAGGCCGUGCUUUUAGUGACUUCCUCUCGGACACUAUUAUUCCGUGCACUGUCCUACCCUGUAUCCUCUCGGUGUCCGUCACGUCUGUCCCUGGCUCUCUCUCUCUCACCCCCUGCUUACUCCCUGGUGCUGGGAAAAUGGCGGCCCCGGUCUGUGUCAACAUCCAGAUGCUUCUGGAGGCGGCGGAGUAUCUAGAGCGGAGGGAGAGAGAAGCCGAGCAUGGUUAUGCUUCCAUGUUGCCUUACAAUAGCAAGGAGAGGGACGGCUUGAAGAGGAAAAGCAAAUCAAAGAAAAGCAGCAAUAGCAGGUCAACCCACAAUGAAAUGGAGAAGAACAGACGAGCCCAUUUAAGAUUAUGUCUGGAAAAGCUAAAGAUAUUGGUUCCUCUUGGACCUGAAUCCAAUAGGCAUACCACAUUAAGUCUAUUAACAAGAGCAAAGUCGCACAUUAAGAAACUUGAAGAUUGUGACAAAAGGUCUCUGCACCAAAUUGAACAAUUGCAACGAGAACAGCGACAUCUAAAAAGGCAGCUAGAAAAAUUUGGGGUGGAAAGGACGCGCAUGGACAGUAUAGGGUCAGCUAUGUCUUCAGAACGAUCAGACUCGGACAGAGAGGAAAUUGAUGUGGACGUAGAAAGCACGGACUAUUUAACUGCAGAUCUGGAUUGGAGCAGCAGUAGCAGUAGUGUGAGUGACUUGGAUGAGAGGGGGAGUAUGCAAAGCAUCUGCAGUGAUGAAGGAUAUUCCAGCUCUGGUCUUAAGAGGAUAGAACUACAGGACAAUCCCAAAAUUACAGCUCUUUAAACAGCCAAUCAGAGAAGAUAAAAAGGGGAGGGGGGAAGGAUGGUUGCGAGAGAUUUCUAGCAGUUCGUCACACUACUCCCAAUUGCUCUCACAUCAGACACUGUUAUCUAUUGGCUUUCACACCAUUAUCUUGCACGUGAACUUGUAAACUCAGACCUUCCAGCAGUCUGUUUCCCUCCCCCCUUUUCCGAAGGAGCUGUAUGGGUUUCAGUUUACACUCAAUAUCACUUGCUAACCCAUCAGCCAAAUCUACUCGAGAAGACCACAUUCCAGAAUCACCAGGAAGCACUCAAGAGGAAAAAACUAUCUAUAUUAUUUACUGGAAAUGGUUGUUGGCUGAUAAACAAGAUAACAAUAUUCAUCCAGCUGGUACCUGGUCUAUUGCCGGUACAAUUGGCCCAGUUAAAAGGUCAUAAUAUCUCCCAGCAACACCAAAACUUUUUUUUUUUUUUGCUUCACUUCACAUCUGGAAAAUGGUAUGAAGGAAUAUGUCAAAAGAAUCUUGCUAUACGGCAAGACCUUUAGUUUACAGCUACUAUAAUAUCCAAUAAGAAGCCACCAAGGAAAUCUGGAUGGGACUUUGAGUCUUGAUUCAGUGAUUUUGGCUUAGAACAGUGAGAAUGCUGCUAUUAUAUUUUUUCACAGAAUCGUGCAUCUAAUGCACCAAACCCAGCACAGUCUAAAUUGCAACGCUGGCGCCUUCUAGCCUUUAUUCGGAGAUCUAUAAAGCCACUUGCUAUGUCUAUUA